AAUUUCGACGUCACUUCAGGCGGAAGUAGCAUUAUUUUCUAAACAAAGGCAAGAUUGAGAAAUUAAUAAAAAUGGAAACUCCUGUCACUCCGACUAAUACAAAUCCACGAUUGAAGCCCAAAAAACCUUUAGAUGUUUGGUCUGUUAGGGAAAAGCUUUGCCUGGCCAGUGCUGUGUUUAAAAUUGGAGAUCAAAACUGGGUCUCUGUGAGCCGUUCAAUAAAGCCUUAUGUGGAACCACAUAGACCCCCGGACUGGUUCCACCAGCGGAACUGUCUACUUCAGUACUUUGACAUGAUGGAGCAGUUGGAACAGCCCAAACGUAAAAGAGGCGGGGACAGAUCUGAAACAGACACACCUAGUCUACAGAUAAUGAGGAAGAUGACGAUAGAAAGAAGUGAACAACUUAAGAAAGAAAUGCUGGAAAUGCAACAAGAAUUUAAGACUUUGAAGGCUGAAGUUGAAGCUAUAAAGGCUGGGGAAUGGGAUGACAAGAUCAAAGAAGUUUGGGAAAAAAUUCAGGAAGAUAUGAGAGCUAAGGAAGAAAAAGUGAAUACUGAAAUAAAAGUUGAGAUGCCAGAGGAAGAAGAAGAUGAAUUGAAGGUUGCAGCUGGUGAAGAGUCAGAUGUGGUGGUACCAACCCCAGAGAUAGAUGACAGCACUCAAGAUUCUGUGGAGGAUAUUUCAGUGCUGACAGAUGAAGAAAGCAUGCAGAUAUCCAGCACUGAAGUGGUGACGUCCACACCCACAGUCCCAGCCAGCGGUUCCACUGUAGAGCUACCCAGUAAAAUGGCAGCCGUCUCUCAUCUUUUGUCUUCUCUCCUUAAAAGUGAUGUCAAAACAGCAACAGGUCUUCAACAGCUCAAAAUUGAGCAGGAACAAGGUCAGCUACAACAAGCUCAGAGCAUUCAGCAGACUCUAAUAACACAGAAAUCUUUACUCAAAACCCCAGUCACUCAGGAUGAUCCCCUUCAAACUCCACCCUCCAGCACUGCUCCAACUCUGUCUCGGUUGCUGUCCACAGCCAAAGGUCAGAGUGUCAUCUGCAGUGUCUUGAAGCCAAUGGUCUCCUCCUCGGAAUCAGAAACUUCACAUCUAAUUGACGCAGGAAUUUUUGAGCUUGAGGAUGGCAGUAAAACUCUUGAUGACAUCAUAGUGCCAGACAACAUUGAUGAUGUUGUGACAGACAUGCUAGUCAACAGUGAGCAGCAGGACAGUAUUCUCCAAGACGAGGCCCUGGAGGUGAUAGCCCACACAACAGAGGAGGAGGUGGUGACAAGCGUCGUCGUGGAGGAUCUGAUAGAGGACCAGCUGGAGCAGGAGUUUAAGGAAGAGCUGGAGAACAGCCAGACAGCACCGCAGGUGGAGGAAGUUGUGGCCGUCAAAGAGGAGGUACAGAAAGUGGAAUAUGAAGAAGAAGAAAUAGCAAUAAAAAAACAAGUGGAAAGUGCAGCAAGUGAAACUGAAUUAACGGAGUCAUCCAUCAAAGAUGAGUCCCCAUCACCCACCAGUAGUAUCAGCUCAAGACUCAGUGAGGCUGGCAGUAAGAAAGGCAGAGGGCGAGGUCGUCCAAGGAGUGUCAAACCCCCUCGGAUUGCCACAAGAAAAAUCUUCUGUAAUACUGAGGAAGAUAAAAAAGAUGACGUAGCCAGCGUAAGGCACAGUGACAUUGAUGAGAGUGAAGAUGAUAUUCGAAGUGAUGAUCUUCUGCCUGGGCAGUUGGCAUCUGUCAAUCCUAGCUCCAUCAUGUCAGAAUCUUUCCCCAACAGUCCAGCUUCCUUGUCAAUAUGCAGUGACACUGAAGAGGAGAAAUCUCUUAAGCAAUGGAAAAAGUCCAUUAUGCUGGUUUGGAGAGCUGCUGCAACUCAUAAGUAUGCAAAUGUAUUUUUACACCCUGUCACAGAUGAAAUAGCUCCAGGAUACCGCAGUGUUGUGCUCAGGCCUAUGGAUCUGAGCACUAUAAAGAAAAAUAUUGAAACUGGAAUGAUUCGCACCACAGUGGAGUUUCAAAGAGACAUGAUGCUCAUGUUCACUAAUGCCAUCAUGUACAACUCAUCCAAUCAUAAUGUGUACAAAAUGGCUAAAGAGAUGUAUGAUGAUGUCAUGCAACAUAUAGAGCAAUAUGUCAACACACAGAUGAUGAUACAAACCACAGACUCAAAGAAUCUCCGACAGUCUCGAAGGACAGACACUUCAGAUAAGGAGGAUGAGAAUAAAAAGAGGAGACUUUCAAUAGAUCAGUCAGAAUCUGGUGGCCAAACAAAGAAGAGGAAAGCAAGACUGGAUGAAAGUAUUUCUUAGAUAGAUUUUUUUUAUUUUAGUACAUGUCAUUUGUUGCUAUUGCAACUCCAAUAAAAUAUUGUAAUUUCUAUA